ACUUUUACAAGUGAGGCAUCUGAAAGCAACUCAUCUCUUUUGAGCUAUCACAAAAGUCCCCUCCCCUACACGAUGUGUGGUUUGUGGUCAUGCAGCAUAGUUGCUUGUACGUAACAGAGUGAUAACAUGCUUACAUGAGUUGCUCAAGGUUUCAGUUUGAGACAAAAGGAUAGAUGACACCUAUUACAGAAGGAGAUAAAGCUCAAGACUCUGCAUACUAUGGCAGGUAGGGUCACACGUUGGACAAUUGCGGAUGUCUGAGCUGUUUUAUAUCAGGACCUGUCUGCAUACCGGAUGCCAUGAAGACUGUAGGACUUUUGGUGUUUCUUGUUGCUGUGUUUGCUGAUAAAGGUGCAACUUGCAGUGUCUCGAGACCACAAUGUUACAAAAGUACCACUAAGCCUGAUGAGGAUUUCUUGUGUGAAUGGGGGGACCGAGACCAUUCUCCAGAUGCUAUUUAUACCAUUGUUCUGCAGACUUCAUCUGUUAAUGAUUCCUCAUAUGCUAGCCAAUUCGUUGCUGAGAAUCAGAUGUACAAAUUCUUAACUGUAGAAUCUCUAACUACAACACAACUUUUGGAUAUAUGGGUGCACAGGCAAGUAUUCAACAUGACCUGCAGCUCCCCAACCAUCUCUGUGCUCCUACGUAAUUCAGUUAAAUAUAGUUCACCCGACAUACAGAAAAAGAUCAGAUCAGCUGAAAAGCUCAUAUUAAGCUGGCCAAGAGUGAAUGACAACAAAGGUGCUAUUCAUGAGAUCAGAUGGAAGAAGAUUAAUGAUUCAUGGCAGAAUGAAACCUUUCAGACUGAGGAUAGCAAAGAGACUGAGGACGGUAUUUGGGAUUCCUACACAUUGCAGCUACAGGAGCACACAGUGUACCAGGUCCAAAUUCGACGCAAGGCCAAGCAAAGCCUCCUCUGGAGUGACUGGAGCCAGACCGCUGACAUUCCCACUGACAUUCAACAGCCUGUUGUCCGCUGGAGAGAGAAAAAGUAUGCAGAAAAUGGAACACGGGAAAUUAAACUCAAAUGGAAUAAACCACCUCCUGAAGCCUCUUUUGGAGGCGUCUCAUACACCCUCACUGUGAAUUUACCUUGCGAAAAGACGUUAAGGAAAACAAUCAAGGAUAACACUUUCAAAAUUGCGGCUACUUAUUCUGAAGCCAGGGUAUCUAUUGUUGCUAUAAACAACGUAGGAAGCUCCCCAACUCAGGAGAUCGUCAUUCCACCUGUUCAACAUCUUAAAUACUGUCACAGUGAAUCCCACAUAGAGUCACUACCAAAACGCUACUGCUUGGAGUGGUAUAAGCUCGUCGAUGGUGAGACGCGGCCAGCAGAAGUAAACAUCUCAUGGUCUAAUACACUUGAGGACAUUAAAAAAGGUAUGGAGAAAUUUGUGCGUUAUUACUACUUUCUUCACACUGGACGAAAACAAACACGACGCACAAAAAUCACAUGUCCUGUUUAUUCUACAGAAGGUGCACCUACUUCACAGCCAAAAAACGUCACGGUUUUAAAUAUCACACACGAUUCAGCUGUGCUGUGGUGGCGACCGAUUCCAGUGCAGGAACAGCAUGGGUUCCUGAUGCAUUACUUAAUAUGGAUUUCAAGAGAAGGCCACACAGAUACAGACCACCAUCAAGUGCCAGCAAAUGAAACCAGUUUCCUUCUCAGGAACCUUGACGCAGCCUCCUCUUACACACUAAAUAUCGCUGGGAGAACCAUAGUCGGAGCGGGACCUAAUUCCACCAGGACCUUCUUCACGCUCAGCUCCCCUUCAACUGACAAUGGGUUGAAGAUGAUCAUCUUAAUCGUGUGUGCAGUUGUGCUUCUAUUUUCCAUUGCAGUGUCUAUUGCUAUCAGAAGGCUGAGGAGUAAGCUGUUACCAAUGAUCCCAAGCCCUGUGAUCUCUUUAGUAGCUAUGCCUCAUAUGGACAACCAGAAUUUGAAGACCUUGACAGAGGAGGUGGACAAUGUCAUUCUCUUGUGCCGUGGUGAUCAGGAUAAACACAGCCGCUCUCCCAAACAGAAACACGGCACUUCACUACAUUAUUAUGAGGUCAGUGUGGAUGAAGACGAGGAAGAUGAAGGCGAAGAGGAUGAUGAUGAAACUGAUUUUACCGGCUUCAUCUCUAGCGACAAACCAAGUGCCUUUCCCAACCCUAAUUAUAAAGGACAGUUGCUUCAGUUUCCUGAGUCCCUGGAGAUUGCAGACAAAGGGCAGAUGGAAAGCUGCGAGGUCAGCACACCCUCAUACAAAAACGGCCUGUUUUUUGAAAAUAGAGGUUUGGACAAUGAGGGGAUAUCGGUGCAAUCAUAACACAUAUUUUACUACUGGAAGCAUUAUUGCGGCACUAUAAUCUGCCCCUGGUAAAGACACCACUGUGUGAUACUAAACGGCAGAUAGCUUUGUUUACUGUACAGAAUCUCUCAGAAAUGCUCUGACGGCAGCUGGACAACAAUGCAGAUACGCACUCUGUGUAUGUGUGUGUGUGUGCAUGUAUCUCAGAGUACUCUCUUUUGCGGGCGGUGAUGCAUGACCUGCAACGCUCAUAGUUUUGUGGAUCCUGUCUCACUUGUAAUUUGCUUUGGAUAAAAACACCAUCCAAAUCGAUAAAUGUAAAUGUAUGAGAGAACUUGCAUUUGCAAGUAAAAACAUAUCAAAGGUCUGUAUGUUGGAAACUAUACGAACCAUUCUAAGACAUGAUACAAUUCAAGUACUGAGUUACCAAGGAAUUUGAAAAAUCAACACAAAUCAAACAAACAAACAAACAAAAGGUUUUAUUAGAUGUCUUUAGAUUUUUUUUAUUUUUCGACUUUGUCGUGUAAGAUGUGAUGCUGGAAAUAACCGGGUUCUGAGAAACAUUCUGACAACUUCUCAACAAAAAGUUCAGUUGGUGGUGAUUACUCACUCUAACACCCGGUUGUGGUCACAGGUCUGUGUUUACUGUUCAGUCUGUGAGUAAAAUGGCUAAGCUUCAAAGGCAAAAAAAAAAAACAUCAAGUGCAUGAGAUUACAUUUGAAUGCGGGAAAAAAACAGACAUUGAACUAUACAACAAAAAAUAUAUCUAUCUCUGGAAAGUGCAUGUGAACUGAUACUAAAUAUAGUAAUAUAGUAGGUUACUGUGCAGAAAAACACAUCUGAUCUCCCCACAGAUCAGAUAACAUUCAAAAGGAAGUGAAUGAACCGAUCUGAUUUGAUGUUGGAUGUAGUGGUUUAACCAUAGUUUCAUUGUUAAAUGUGUCAGGACCAAAUAAAUAAACAUGUGCGUGAUGCGUUCAUUGUUACCUUCUGUA